UCUUUUUUUCCAGAUGGCCGAGGAAUCGAAUCGUGUUAUGAAACUGGCACUGGAGGCUAACCGCAAUGCUGCAAAUGUGAUAGCAUUGCUCCGUGGAGUUUCGGAGGGCGCCGUUGCGACUCUGAGGGAGCAGAUGAGUUUCAACAGAGAAGCACUGCUUCAAUUUUCGGAGGAGCGGAAGGCAAAGGCAAAGGCAGAAACCGUGCAGUCGGUGCAGGUUCCAAUGCCACAGGAUCCAGUGUCAGGGGAUCCAGCGAUCAUGGAAUCCGUGAUCCUGGAGCCCAUUAUACUGGGACCGGUGGUAUCGGAACCACGGAAAGUGGAACCUGUCCCAAAGGUUCCUGGAAGAUGCGGGCGAGGUUGGUCGGGUCACAGGAGGUGGCCGACACAACCGAUUGGGUGCUGUACGCGGAAAAUGCGUACAGUGCCCAGUCUGCAGCUGGAAGCGUUCGACCCGCCAGGACGAUGGCGGUCGAAAAUGCGUACAGUGCCCAGUCUGCAGCUGGAAGUGUUCGACCCGCCAGGAGGAUGGCUGUCGAUCUGGGAAGAAUGCCAGAUCGAAGCGUACAAGAUCCUAUGGCGUACACCCAGGAUCAGGAUACCAACAGCCACUUCUAUGGCUUUUAAUUAAUAUUUUUUAUUUCUUGU